AUGAGCCAGCCGGCGAAAGACGAUAAAGAAAACUUGCUGGAGAAUCUGGUAGCUGAACGAGCGCGUAAGCUCACAGAGCUCUAUUGCUUGUCUCGGCUGCAGGAUUUUUUAACCAUCACUAACAAUGAUGCCCUGGAGGCUCAAAUCAAAAACUUUUUAGAUAACAACAACAUCCAAAAAGGACUUCGUUUCAACCCCCAGACGGUGCCAGAGUUUAACCAGGCGGAGGCACCUGCAGAUAAGAAAACGUCGCGAAGCAAGAGCGGCACCCCUGUGGAUAAAGAUAAUGUAAAAAAGGACAAAGAAGCUUCGAGGCCAGAAACAGAGACAGGCAAAGGUUUCAACACCAACACUAGUAACUCCAUGAGCUCCUUGUCCGAUGUGUCGACAGUCGAUCCUCACAAGGAGAAUGACUCAUUAGUCGAGACAACAACCGUAGGCGAAGAAUCACUGAAAUCUGACGAUAGACAGGGACCAUCCGAGACUCCAAAGCGACCUUACGAACAGGGAGAUCAAAGCAGAGGUGUAAAUGGCGCAUCUGCUUCACUCAACGCAGAAAACAUUCCUCCGCAGGAAAUUCACAACAAUCUCAAGAGGCAAAAGAUCAUGAAGACAGAUUAUCGGCAGGUAUCGGCUGUUGGUCAGAAUUCCCGGAAGCGUCGCGUCGUUGAUCAACUCUUGACCAAAACUCAAAAAAAUUCUGAUCUUUAUGAUCCUUCCAAUAUUAAUUCCAAAGGUUCAGUUUAUUUGGUGAUGAAUAAUAAUAUACCAUUGAAAUUGCCACAGGCAAUCCCGCUGGCAGAGCUGAAGUACGUUGCCCAGACGCUACCAUUAGUCAAACUUAUGCCAACGGCACAUAAAGCCCUUACUACAGAGAUUAUGAAUGCUGCAUUAAAUGAGGGGCGCAUUGCAGUUGUCAGCUCGCGAAUAGAGGAACUCCGAAGAGUAGGCUUGUGGUCUUUGAGGCAGCCGAGGAAAUUCAUAGAUCCAUGGGGACCUACUAAACCGAACCCUACCCAUUGGCAAAGUCUUCUUACGGAGGCUAAAUGGAUGCAAUGUGAUUUUUAUGAGGGCAAGAAGUACAAGAUGGCAACGUGUGCGAUCAUAGCACAAGCUGUGAUGGACUACUGGAAUUACGGCAAAGCAUGUUGUGUGGAAAGAAGAAUACCCGGUACACAUAUUUCGGACUCGGAUGCCCAUAAUUCUCAAAGAGAUAAAGAGAUGUCCACUCCUGGAGAAAAGAGUCCCUUCAAAGAGCUUGAACCGGAAGAGGAGUGCCAAACCAUUGACACAGGUCUUUUGGUCAACGGUGCGCGAAAAUUUGGUGAGGACAUGCAGCCUUCAGACACUGUUCAAAACGAAGGUUCGAAGAACUUCAAGCUGCCAUCUCCUUUCAACACGCAAAUCUCAUUAGAGUGGCUCAACUCACUUGAAAAGAAAAUGUUUGAACAUCUACCGAUAUACGCUGGCAUUGAUAAGUCAACGAUUUGGUCCGAUUCCUUCGACAAUCUACCUUUCGAACCGGUUUCGAAGGCAACCGUGACGCUAGACGACGAUCACUUUAUGAAGAUUGUAGAACGACAGAUUGUAGACGAUGAGCCAUCUAUCACACCUUUUAGCAAGAGACGAGGAAUGUUUUACGGCAACAGAAGAAGUCAUUAUCUGAGACCACCGAAAGCCCCAUCUUUGAGGUAUCUGAGAUACCGAACGCCAACCAUUUGGUUACCAGAAGAUGAUAGUGAUCUAGUAAAGAAUAUCAACACGUUUGCAUACAAUUGGGAACUCAUAAGUGCCCAUCUCUCUCCACGACCCAAUAAGACUUAUGCUUCUAAUAUUGAGCGAAGAACACCGUGGCAGUGCUUUGAAAGAUUUAUUCAGCUAAACGAGAAAUUUCAAUUCACCGACAUGAAGGGUCCAAGAGCUCAUGCGGCACAACUCUGGCUGAUCGAAGCGCACAAGCUACAACAGCAGCAAAAACGUCGUAUUUCACCGCUUGGUGUGGGAGAGGAAUCCAUACAACGAGGCCAUCGUAGGCUUCGCUGGGCGAGCAUGUUUGAGGCAAUGAGAAAGUGCAUGAAGAAAAGAGAAAACGCGCCAAAACCCAAUCCAUCUCAACCUAGAAAACCGCUAGAUUGUAAAAACACUACGGUUCCAACGCCAGCAGAGAUGUCCCAACUCAAAGCUCAGCGUGACGAGGCGUUACGCAGAGACAUGCAAAUGCGCCGUUUAGCAAAGCACAAGCUUCAAGCAGCCGCGUUGUUGCAGCAGCAACAGCUUUCUAAACGUAAUUUGUCGAAGUUUUCGGGACAGAAUUCGAAUUCUACAGGACAGCGUUUCAGCCAACCUCAAUCACCUUCAAAUUCAUUAGGAUCAGCAGGAAUUGGCAAUACUAAGAUUACUGCACAGGCGCUUCCUAAGCAGAGGCCGAGAACUUCAGGCGAAAGGGAAAUUAUUGAGAAUUACGUUAAAAAAAUCCUUCUUCAAAAACCCGAUCUAACGCCUGAGCUCGCAUUGAGAGCCGCUGAAAGCUACUAUCGUAGUAUAAGCUCUAAACAGCAAAUCAAGGAUGAACCUGGCACAUCGAGCACUCAUCCAAGCUCUCCUGGUGAUGCAGAAGGUGCCAUUUCAAACUUACGCCCAGAAGCGAAAGACGUACAGCAGGCGACUCGAAAGCUUGUGUCACCCACGCCACAGGAAAUUUUACAAAAGUUACAACAUGGAAAGUAA